UGCAGCAAUUAACACUGGCUAAUUAAGCUAAUUAACUAAGCUUAGUUAACUGCAACUCCAGUCAGAAAGAUGGCUACUUGGUCCAAGGCGGCGUCGUCGUCGUCUCUGAUCAUUCUGGCCAUCUUUCUGCUCAGCUUGGCCGGCGUCGCACAUGGCCGGAGCAGCAGGAGGCUGGUCAGGAGCUACGACGAGCCGUGCAUGGAGAUGCGGCUCUACCUCCACGACAUCCUCUACGACUACAGCAACAGCACGUCCAACUCCACGUCGGCGGCGGCCACCAGGCCGACGGCGCUGAGCACCGCCGCGCCGUCGGCGCCGGCGGGAGGCACCUUCUUCGGCCAGGUGGUGGUGUUCAACGACCCGGUGACGGAGGGGCGCCGGGCGCUGCCGCCGGCGCUGGAGGAGACGGAGGUGCGCGCGCAGGGGCUCUACUUCUACAACGGCAAGGAGGCGUACAACGCGUGGUUCGCCUUCUCCGUCGUGUUCAACUCGACGGCGCGCCGCGGCACGCUCAACCUCAUGGGCGCCGACAUCAUCGCCGAGAAGACGAGGGACGUCUCCGUCGUCGGCGGCACCGGCGACUUCUUCAUGGCGCGCGGCGUCGCCACGCUCCGCACCGACGCCGUCGAGGGCUUCACCUACUUCCGGCUGCAGAUGGACAUCAAGCUCUACGAGUGCUACGUCUGAUGCAUGCAUGCUUGCUUAUCAUGGCGGGCAUCUUCAAAACUAUUAUCCGUUGACCAUGCAAACAAUAAUACUCCCUCGGAUCAUUUUUAUUCU